GUCUUCCGUGCAUAUGACGCCCUGAAACGACACCAACGUGAAACGUCGACUGAGGAGGCAUGGAAUCGCGCCUCAAUCGAGUUGUGCAAGGCGUCUCGAUUGCCACCGCCCCGAGACGCCUCUCUACGAACACCGCUUACCGAUCUCACGCGACUCUACGCUUUCGACAUGAUCACUGCUAGUCAAGGAGAAUUUUUGAAGGGUGGCUACAUGUCGGAAAGUCAAGCGGAGGGAAUUCGAGAUGGUAUUUAUCGAUGCUUGGAGAGACUCCGACCGAAUGCCGUCUCGUUAGUUGACAGCUGGGACUUUGACGAUGCUGAACUUCACUCGGUUCUUGGACGUCGUGAUGGGAACGUCUACCCAGCCCUGCUAGAAUGGGCCCAGAAGAGUCAGCUGAAUAAGACUGAGGUGCUGCCGACGUUCGAGAAGUACCUUGGACCAAUGAUGAAGGAAGGACGAUCUAAGUUGUAG